CCCUUUAAACAACGUGAACGCUGGGGGUUUGUCGUGCCAGAUGGAGAACCAGGAAGAAGAAGGGGCCACUGGAAACACUAGUGAAGAAUACCAAACAUGGAACGGGGACAGUGAAGGGGACGGGGAAUGGCAAGAGCAGCAGGAUGCGGAGAUGGUGGUGGUCGACAUGGAGACAUGGAACGGGUUUAUUUCAGGGGAAUGGCACAGGGACAAGCAGAGGAAGAGGAGGUGUUGACUGAGCUGGUCGCAGGUGAACCAGUAACACCACAGCAUGUCUUAAGGCUGAACAGUUACACAAACGAGUACCUGUGUUCACCUGAGGACAACAUCUACAAUGUGAGCUUCUCUCGGUUCAAGAUCAGAGACUUGGACAGUGGUGCCGUCAUCCUGGACAUUAAAAAACACGGUCCAACAGAAAUUCAGGAUGUCAUUGAACUAGAUACACGUCGGUUCAUACAGUACCACUUCUCCCCAGCCUUCCUGGCACUCAGAGCCAUAGGAGCUACGUUGGAGUUCACAGUGGGCAGCAAGGCUCUACAUCACUUUCGUCUAAUUGAGAGACACUUCUUUCGAAACUUGCUGCUUAAAACCUUUGACUUUGAGAUCGGCUUCUGCAUCCCACACAGCAGGAACACCUGUGAACACAUCUAUUGCUUACCCAACAUCGAACCGGAGAUAGUUGAGGAAAUGAUUGCCAGCCCGUUUGAGACGCGCUCGGACAGUUUCUACUUUGUCAACAACAAGCUCAUCAUGCAUCACAAAGCGGAAUACUCCUUUAGUCCACGGCGAGAAGGAAACCCAGUUAAUGAACGAGGAAACUAAGAUGGAACUGGCUCACUUGUAUCUAAAGUCCAGUUUUAAUCACCUUUAUUGUCCCUGAAGGGAAAUUAAGUUUCCCUUAUCUG